UAUUUAUUACUCAUGGAGAAUUUGCCUAACGUUACGGUUAGCACAAUUGAUCCUGAAAUUGUGGCAGCCAGCGAAACAGCUGUACUUGUUUCCGUACCUAAUAUCCCUUCAAAUCAUAAGGGAUCAUUUACGAUUCACCGAGAUAAUGGUGCAAAAUACAGUCCAGAAGAGUGGGAGCUUCGUAACAGGAAUGGAAUUCUCAGCAAUGCUUUACGUGAAAAUCGACAGCGUAGACAUUCCUUUACGAAUGCUUCAACUAAAGGAAAAGAAACAAUGGAAGGAAGCAGAAUAAUUGAUGGUCAACGGAGAAGAAUCACAAUAGUAGAUAGUUCAGACGAGGAGUAUCGCUAUGGAAUUCUAGGAAAAUCGUUAGAACGAAUACGUCUGAAAUCAAAAAAUAAAACGAAUAGUGAAGACGAGGAAAUAAAAAUUGGUGAUUUUAAAAUCGGUAUUUUUAGUGGGAGUGAUGAUAACCUUGAAGCUAUUGGCUUGUCAAAUAAGCGAGAAAGCUAUGGUUUUGAAGACGAUGUAGUUUUCGGACAACGAAAACAAAAUUUUAAUGAAGAGGAAAUGAGAGAAAUCGCUGAGCUAGAAUCCUUGCAAAUUCAUGGCGGGGACAAUAGCACAGGUCUUCUGCUUGCAGCAAAGAAGGGUGAAUGGGAGACUGUUAAAAAUUUACUUUUAAGCGGAGAAAUUUUCGACCUAACAUUGGCUGACGCAGAAGGUUAUACGGCUCUUCUAUUAGCGAUUAAAUCCCGAGAGAUGGACGUUUUAAAAAUGCUUGUUGAGCAGGGAGCUGACAUUUAUGUUACUACAAAGGCAGGCCGGUUGCCGAUUCAUUUUGCAUCUGAGAGACGCUCAGCCAGUGCAGUUGCUAUCCUGAAAACGUUGAUCAAUGUAAAUCCUGGCUGCAGAACUGCAUCGGACAAAAACGGUAAUCUUCCUCUACAUUUUGCUAUUCGUGCUGGAAAUAUGGCAGCCGUGAACUUUUUGUUGCAAAAAGAACCGAAAAAACAGAUUAGUGCGAAAGACAUGGACGGCAACACUCCACUACAUCUAGCAGUAGCUAUGCUCGGUGAUGAAAAAAUGCUUAAAACGAUGUGGAAAUUAAACGGAAAUGCAAACAUAGCAGACAAUGAGGAAAAGACUCCAUUGCAUGUUGCUGCUGAAAAAGGUUACACUCAAAUUGUUGAAACUCUCAUCGACAAAUUUGGUUCAUCAAUUAGAGCUAGAACAUGUGAUGGCAGUACUCUCUUGCAUAUUGCUUCUGCAGCAGAACGUGGGGUACCUUUGUAUAUGCCCAAUAAGAAUGGAGCGCUUGGGCUACAUGCAGCAGCGGCUGCUGGGUACAAUGAUGUUAUGCUGUUAGCGAGGGGUACUCGAGUGGAUAUUGCUACUAGGGAUAAUUAUACCGCAUUGACUAUAGCCGUUCAAUCCGGACAAGCAGCGGUUGUAGAAACGCUUCUUGGAUUCGGAGCCGAUGUACAUAUUGAAGGAGGACAGAUUGGCGAGACAGCUUUACAUGUAGCUGCUGGCUUGCCGAGUGGAAAUAUUGAGUGUGCACAAAUGUUGUUAUUUAGCGGUGCGCAGCCGAACGUACGUCGAUCUGACGGGAUGACCCCGUUACAUAUAUCCGCGCGUACAGGUAACAAAGAAAUGGUUCGUUUGCUGCUGGCAGAGGGCGCUGAUCCUAAAUUGAAAUCGAAGAUAGGUGAAACACCUCUACAUUUGGCCUCAAAACAAUGUCACCUUCCCGUAGUAUUAUUAUUAUUAGAGAAGAUUGGCAAAGAUAGUCAUGAGAUUCGAGAAUAUGACGGACAGAGCAGUGUCCAUUAUGCUAGCCAGAUUAUGCCAGAUCAGAAUCAUUUUAUUGAAGAAGAUACUAAAAUUGUUUCAACACUUGUGGACUCAGGCGGGGAUUGUGAAAAACAAACACUUAAUGUGAGUAGACCCCAAAUCACUAACUCCGUUUUAUUAGAAUCUGGAGACACCUAUGCAUAUGUGCGCUCGCUCAGGGAAUGA